CAUGUUGCCGCUUUAUGACAUUUCACAUCAUCCACUCGUAACAAAAAGCAAGAGAAAAUGGGAAACAGCAUAACGAUUAAGAGAAAGAGAGCCAAAGUGAUGAAAAUCGACGGCGAGGUUUUCCACAUCAAAACUCCGGCGACGGCGAGAGAAGUCACGGCGGAUUAUCCCGGCUACGUGCUGUUAGACUCCGAAGCUGUUAAACAAUUCGGAGUACGUUCGAAACCGCUCGAGCCUAGCCAGCUCUUGAAACCCAAGAAGACGUAUUUUCUCGUCGAGCUUCCGAAGCUUCCGCCGGAGACAACGUCGGGAACUGAUAAUAAGCUUCCGUUACGGCGAGUGAUGUCCGGAAUUCACGUCGGCGCGAAGGAGCGGUUGGAGAUGCUCAUGCUUUCUCGGAGAACGGUUUCCGACGUGGCGGUCGGUAGAUCUGACGGAGGCGAUGGGCUUGGGCUUGGGCCUGGUCAAACGAGCGUGAGGUUUAGGCUGCCUCGUUCUCAAAUUACAAAGUUUAUGGAGGAGAGCAAUGAUGAUUCUGAGAUCGCCGAUAAGAUUUUAAGUUUCUAUAGGGAGAGCUCCGGUGAGAUUGGCGGCGGUGACAACCACCGGAAACUUGGAACCGGGGAGAUUAAGGCACGUGAGAAGCAGGUGAGUUUUGCCGGAGAUGGUGGACGGGAGCUUCCUGUGUUAUGGAGCAGAACGGGAAACCAAUCGUCAUCAAUUGGAUAAAAAAAAUUCCUUCUCUUUAUUUUCCUACAUUGUGGUAGGUUUCAUAUUUGUGCUAGUGUAUAUAUAUCGUUUUAUAUUGCAAUUUGAGAUCAUGUAGAACUUGUUUGCUCGUGUGUCAACAGAACUUUCAUUUUUGUU